AUGUCGAAUCUGGAAGAAGCCAUUUCUAUGGGUCGUGAGGUUCUUGAUGGAACUAAAGAAGACGACCUAAAGAGAGCUGGACUAUUCAACAACCUGAGCAUUCCACCUGGCAAUAGAUUCUCACACACUAGAGAUGUGCUGGAUCUUGAUGAGGCUAUUAGUUUAGCACGCAAAGCCCUUGAUGCUACUCCAAAAGGUCAUCCCGAUCGAGCCGGAAGGUUGAGCGACCUUAGCAUUCGACUUGGUGAUAAACACUCGCACACCGAUAAUAUCUUGGACCUUGAGCAAGCUAUUCUUACAGGACGGGAACUCCUCGAAAAUACCCCGCGAGACCAUCCUAAGCGGGUUGAAAGAUUGAACACCCUUAGUAUUCGACUUGGCUCCAAGCACUCCCAUACGAGAGAUGUAGUGGACCUUGAAGAAGCUAUUAAGGUGGGAAGGGAGGCUAUUGAGAUUGCUACGGAUGAUUACUCGGACCGGUCAGCACUAUUGAACAACCUCAGCCUGCAUCUCGGUGAUAGAUAUUCACACUCCGGAGUCUCAGCAGAUCUUGAUGAGGCCAUUAUUCUCGCCCAAAAGUCCAUCAAGACCAGCUCAAAAGACCACCCGAACCAUGUUGAAAGACUGAGCAACUUGAGUACCCAACUCGACACCAGAUAUUCACGCACUGAAGAUAGUCAAGAUCUUCAAGAAUCCAUUAAUCUGGCUCGGAUAGCUCUUGAGACUACCCCACAAGAUCACCCAGAACUCGCAGCCAGAUUACACAGACUUAGCCAUCAGUUCAACACCACCUACUCACAAUCCGGAGCGCUUGUGGACCUUGAAGAAGCCAUUGCCCAGAUGCGGGGAGCUAUCAAGAUUACCCCACCAGAUCACCCAGAUCUAACGAGGAGAUUGCAUAGUCUUGGUCUUAGACUCGGCGAUAGAUACUCGCAUACUGGAGAACUAGGGGAUGUCGAGGAGGCUAUUUCUAUGGCCCGAAGAUGUGUCAAGACUACCUCAAAAGAUGACCCGGAACUUGCAGAGAGACUGCAUGGCCUCGGCAUUCAACUCAGUUCCAGAUACUAUCGAACUGGGGUAGUGACGGAUCUUGAAGAGGCUAUCAGUCUAUGUCGAGAGGCAAUCAAGGCGACCUUGCAAGACGAUCCAUACCUCGCAGGUAGAUUCCAUAGCCUUGGAAUUGAACUCGGUGUCAGAUUCGCACGCACCAAGGAGAUGGGAGACAUCGAGGAGGCGAUUGUUAUGGCUCAAAAAGCUGUCAAGGCUACACCACAAGAUCACCCACGCCGUGGUGAUAGACUGGCUAGUCUCGGUUCUCAAUUUGGCAAACGAUACUCACACACCGGAGCCAUGGCAGAUCUUGAAGAAGCUAUUAAUGGAGCUCGGGCUGCUAUCAAGGCCACCCCACAGAACCAUCCAAGCUUGAUUGGAAAGUUUACUACCCUUAGCAUUCAACUGAGGAACAGAUAUGCGCGUAUCGGAGGGAUGGAGGAUCUUGAAGAAGCGAUUAAAAUGACACGGAGUGCUCUUCAGAUCACCCCACAGCAGCACCGCGAGAGAGCUGGACUACUCGUCAACCUGAGUAUCAGACUCGGCUAUAAAUACUCGCGAACUAAGGAGCUGGUAGACCUCAAUGAGGCUAUCAGCAUAUCCCAAGAGGCUAUUCAGGCUUACCCACACGACCACCCGGAACGAGCUAUAGCACUGGAGGUCCUCGGCAUUCGGCUCAGGAGCAGGUACUCACGCACGAGAGACAGGAAUGACCUCGAGGAAGCUAUUAGUAUGACUCGGAAGGCCAUAGAUGCGACUCCGAGAGACCACCCACGCUCAGCAACGUUGUUUAACAACCUUGGCAUCAAGCUUCGGUACAGAUAUUUACGCACUCGAGCGAUGGAAGACCUUGAAGAGUCCAUAAACGCGAGUCGAACUUCUGCUGAACAUACUCCCGCGGACGAUCCCAAUCUAGCUUCGCGGUUGAGUGCCCUUGGUAUUAAACUCAGAAGCAGGUAUCUACGCACCAAGGUGGCGACUGACCUGGGAGAGGCUAGAGAAUGCUAUGACACUGCGUUGAAUCACCAAAUGUCUCCCAUCAAUUUCCGCAUCAAAGCUGGACGUGCAAUCUUGUCAUCGGCGGAUUUUCUUCAAGAUAAGGACCAGGCAUAUCUCGCUGCUAAGACUACCAUCGAGUUGGUUCCUUUGCUUAGCCCCCCUUCGCUUCAAACCAAGGACAAGCAACAUCUUUUGUCAGAAGUCGUCGGGCUCGCCUCAGAUUCCGCAGCUAUUGCAUUGAAUGCCGGAAAAGAGCCUCUCGCUGCAAUUCAACUUCUCGAGACGGGCCGCGGCGUCCUUGCAAGUUCUCUUCAAGAUCUGCGGGCUGAUCUCUCAGUCCUGCAGAAAAAGCAUCCCGAGCUCGCAGAUUCGUUCAUUCAACUUCGAAACCAGCUCGACGCGCCACCGUCUCAGUCUCAGAACGACCCAGAGGCGACAAACACUCCUGUCGAGUCUGAUCGGCGGCACGAGGCUGUCAACAGAAUGCCACUACUUCUCAAGGAAAUACGCGAUCAACCUGGGUUUCAACGAUUUCUUCUCCCGUCAUCGGAAGCUGAGAUGAGAGAGGCUGCAGCGCAUGGCCCGGUAGUUAUUCUUAACGUCAGCUCUCGAUGCGAUGCUUUGAUACUGGGGCAGACAGAUAUACGGGUAGUGAAACUGCACCAAGUCUCUCGGAAUGAGAUUCUGAAACGAGCCCGCCAUCUUCAAUCGCUUGAAACACUUGGCUGGCUUUGGAAUGCUGUUGUGAAGCCAGUUUUAGAUGCGUUGGGAUUUACCGAGCCUCUAUCUGACGAUUCUUGGCCGCACGUAUGGUGGAUUCCAACUGGGCCACUUGCUGGAUUUCCUCUCCACGCAGCAGGAAACCAUCUGCAGCGUGACUCCAGUACUACUAUCGAUAGAGUAGUGUCAUCAUACAGCUCUUCUAUCAAGACGAUCAUACACCAUCGUCUCGAAAGGAGCCCACAAAUAGCAGCAGAUGGAUCAGGAGAUAUUGUUCUCGUCGCCAUGCAGAACACGCCAGAACAGAAGAGCCUUCAACAUACAAGGGAUGAGAUCAGCGCCGUUCAAACUAUCUGCGAGUCAAUGGGGCUCGCAUGCAUCAACCCUAAGCCCAAUCUCAAGGCAGUGUCAUCUGCUUUAGAAACCUGCAUGAUAUUCCACUUUGCUGGACAUGGUGCUAUCAACGAGAAGAGCCCGUUGACAAGUCUCUUACUUUUGGAAGAUUGGAAGCAAGAUCCUCUAACAAUAGGAAAUCUACUAGAGACCAACCUAAGCUCCAAAUCGCCAUUUCUCGCCUACCUCUCAGCCUGCGGAACCGGCCAGAUCCGGGACAAGAAGUCAAUUGAUGAAAGCAUCCACCUAACGGGUGCCUUCCAACUAGCAGGGUUCCGGCAUGUUGUGGGUACAUUGUGGGAGGUCGAUGACGAGUUGUGCGUGCGGAUGGCGAGAUUGAUGUACCAGUUCUUGCAAGACCGUGGAAUAAGCGACGAGUCUGUAAGCUACGGGCUCCACCAUGCCACCAGGGAGCUACGAGACAGUUGGAUUCAGGAGGAAGGCUGUGGGCAGGAGGCAAUCGCGGACCCCAAUUCGAGGGACGCUGUGAUAUGCGGAAAUACAGAGCCACACUGGCCGCUUUGGGUUCCGUACGUCCACUAUGGGGUGUGA